UUCUCCUCCUUCCGUGGAAGAAGGAGGGCGCCGGUUGCGCCCGCUGAGGUGGGAGUGUCGCGGAGGCCGGCGGUGGCUCGUGCACCUGCACGAGCUCCCUUUCCGCCCUGCAGCGCGCGCGGCCGCCAUGGCGCUGGUGGUGGAUCUCCUCAGGCGGGUGCUGGAGUACUUCGGCUGGCCGCCCCACCAGGCCAUAUUUUUGGAAACUCAUGUAUUCGGCAACGGUAUCUGUCAUAUAAUCAGAACAUGCCUUCCUUCAGCAGUCUCAUCGAGUAGGCAUUUCCAGCAGUUAUGUGCAGUUAUAAGGAAGUAUCAGAUCAAGGUCGUAUCUGCUUGCCAAAAAAAGGAAUAUGGAUCUACUCGAAGCGUUGUCCGUAGACUUGGGACAAUUCUUUCCUUAGAGCCCUACCCAAGACCUUAUUUUCAACUUGUUCAAGACCCAAGUCCGUUGGGUUACGAUGAACAAAGCGUAGCACCAGCUCCUGUAGCUCCAUCACUUGCUGAUGUCCUGUGGGUGGCAAAUGAUGAGGGACAAGCAUUUACUAGACUUAGGACUGAAUUAUGGAGAAAAGAAAAAAGCGCAGCUCAUCGUGAGCUCCGUCCAUGUAUUUCGAUACAAAAUGUUCCCCAAAACAGUACACAAAAAGACAGUCUUGUUGAUCAAGCAGCGCUCCAGAAAAUCUCUGCACUUGAAGAUGAGCUGACUUUCCUUCGCGCUCAGAUCGCUGCCAUUGUUUCAGCACAAACACUGGGAAGCUUUCCAUCCCUUCCUCCAGAAGCCUUUAAAACCCUCAGCACUCCAGAUGGAUUUUUCCCAGUGCCAGCCAUGACUUCUACACCAUUGUCCGUGCCUCACGAUCGCUUUGUAAUUCCCUCUCCUCCUCCACUUCCUUCUGCUGCACCAUCUGCUGCUGAUGCUGCUAAUUCAGCACUUGAACUUAUAAAACAGCGGCGUGCUACGAGGAGCAGCGGUUCAUCUACAGCUGACAGCACUGACCACCAGAGGACAAAGAACAUUCCUAGUAUGAUGGAUGUUCUGAAAGACCUAAACAAGGUUCAGUUGAAAGCUGUUGAGAGGUCCCCUGGAGGUACUCCUCUUUCUAGACCCAAAACGAGGCAAAGUUCAGAUUGGGAUCCAGUUGCUCUACUAACUCAAGCCCUAAAGCGAAAAUUUGCACAUAAAAAUGAUGAAGAAGAUGAUUCCCUGGACAAAGAAAAUCGAUCGUUUGAUAGCUCCCCAUUUUCCAGUCCAGAGGUCUCACUGGUUGGAUGUUGCAAUCUGAAGCCAAAUACGAAAUCUAGCCUCCUAACAACUGGUGAAGUUAAACAGGCUCCGACGUGGAAAGUGAGAGCUCAUAUUUAACUGAUGGAGGCUUCUGAGGAAACUUCAUAGGGUGUAUAAGUGGCGGGUCCACUUCAAAACUGCUGUCAGGUGCUGUAAUGUUUUCUUGAACAUGUCUCUCCUGUGCUGUUGGAGUUUGGAUUGUAGGGUUUUGGUAAAAUUGCCUCUUCCUUCUUAGUUUCCCAGCAGCCAAACUUAUGAAUGUGAUGCACACAACCAAAAAAAAAAAAAAAAAAAUUUUUAUUGCUAUGGAGCAGUGUGUGUGAAACCUGGGAAAUGCAGGAAAAAAUGUGUGUGGAUGGAAAAUAAUGAUUGGGGUGGGAGCUGAGGUUUGCACUUCAGUGUAAAUAGUGUGUUAUAUGUAACUGACUGUAUGUCAUUAGUGGCAGCUAAUACUGUUUCAUUAGAAUAGUAUAAUUGUCUCAAUUUUCUUUGCAGUUUGCUGAUGCAACUCCAUAUUCCAUGUGCAAACAGUAUUCUAACUUAUUGGGGGUCAGUAGAUAAAACUUUUAUGUUUGAAACUUUGUCACACUGUAAGUAAACUGCAAGUCAUCUGUUAAAUGCCUAUAAUAUUGGGGGUGUUCUGAGAUAAAGAACUUGUAGAGAGAUCUGCUAGCAUACAGUGUAAAUUCCAUGUGUAAAUAACAUUAACUCCCUCCUUGGCGUCUCCGUAUGAAGUUUUGUUCAUGAGAGUUCAUAAAAUAAAAUUUUCUUUAUAUCAUA